AUGGCUAGCCGUCACGUCUUCACCCAACGACUCAAAUCGGGCGUCAUAUUCUCAGCCCCAGGCAACUUGAUGACCAGGCCCGAGGGAGGUUGGGGUGACGAUACACCCAUAACCCGACGGAGAAAGCCCAAGAGAAAAGUCCAAGGUCGUGGCCUCGAUCACUUUUCUCCCUGGAUAGCAAAGGCGACGCCUUAUGACGAGCCAUACGAUGAUAUUAGCUCCUUCACACCGGUUAGAGGCACCCGUGGCAUUGGAAAUGAAUACAGGCCUUACUCAAUAUCACCAUACCCCGAGACCGAAGUGGAAACAGCGGCGCCGAAAAUACCCGAGGUGACACUAUGUCUACCGAUGCUUAGUGUGUCUUUGACGGCGACUGUGGAUGGUACGGUCGCUCAUACAGAAUUGGUGCAGAAGUUUCACAAUCCUUCUGACAUCAUCAUCGACGCUGCCAAGCACGUGUUCCCUCUCUACGAUGGGGCUGUUAUCACGUCUUUCGAAUGCACCAUUGGAGAUGAGCGCCGCGUCAGAGGCGUCGUCAAGCCGAAGGUGCAAGCACGGAAAGAAUUUGAAGAAGGAAUUCGUGAUAAAGUGGCAGCCCCAGCAUUGUUGGAGGAGCAUACGCCUGAGAUCUUUGAGACGUCCCUUGGAAACAUUCCAGCGAACACGACCGUGGAGAUCAGGAUCACGCCUGGCGAAUACUCCAACUUGUCAGAAAAGGAUUCAGCACCUAAAAACUACUAUGUUUGGCACCAUGUAUCUGAGCCAGCCGUUCUAAGAAAAGACUUUGUGUUUGUCGUUCAGAUGAACGAGGGCCAUCAAAUCAAGUCUCGAGCCAUCGCCUGUCCCGUAGAUGACAAAGGCCUCGCAGCCAUGAUGGUACACAUCCGACCGAACGAUCUCUUCCGGAACUCCAUUAUUCCCCAAUCAUUCACUGGCGAAAUUCUGUUCCUUCUUGAUCAAUCUGCAUCUAUGGGAUGGACAAACGGUUCACCAGACUAUGACAGACGUCACACCGGAGCACGAAAGAUCGAUGUCAUGCGCGAAGCAAUGCUUCUAGCUCUUUCCGGCAUACCAUCUACAUGUGUCUUCAAUGUUAUCUCCUGGGGCUCAGCAACAAUGGGUCUAUGGGAGACUUCGCGGCCUCAUACCAAAGAGAACAUUAGAGAAGCCAAGACCUACGUGUCUCAGGUUGAAGCUGACAUGGGAGGAACAGAUCUCCUUCGUGCAUUGGAGUCCACCUUGAAGCGGCGGGUUCAAGAUAGAGGAUCAACGCAGAUCAUUAUUCUCACAGAUGGUGAACUAGAGCCGGAAGACUCUAUACAGUUCAUCUGGAAAAAACGUCAGCUAUUCGGAGACAGUCUUCGGUUCUUUGCCCUAGGUAUCGGCGAUGAAGUGUCUCAUCGUCUGGUCGAGAGUAUCGCGGAGUGUGGUGGUGGCUACAGUGAUGUAGUCCAUACUACGCAGACCCCAAGAUGGCAUGAUCGAUUGAACCGUCUUCUAAAGUCGGCUCUGGAACCGAACAGUUGGAGUUGUGAUAUUGACCUCGGUAGCGGAUUUGAGCGGAAGAGUCUGGUUGAUUACGAGCUAGAGCAGCAGACCCCUGCGGAAAGUCACAAGACCCCAUACGUCCAGGGCCCUUUUCCAAUCUCAUCACUCCAUCCAUUCAGCUUCGCCUCAAUUUCAUUCUUGAUCGAUCUCCGCCGCGGUGGAGAGCUCCCCAAGACUGUUACCAUAAACACAACAACAGCCGGUGCGAAGAAGAAAACCUAUGAACUACCCAUCGAGCAAGCCCCAGGCAAUGAUGGAACAAUCCAUCGCUUGGUCGCUAAGUCAACUCUACUGGAUCUACAGGAUGAGACCAAGCGGGUAACAGGCGAGACUCAGAUUGCCAAAACAAAUGCAGAGUAUAUUGGCACUACAUACUCCAUUACUAGCAAGUGGACGAGCUUCGUAGCAGUCUCGGAAAAUCAGCCUGCCCAAACUGUCGAGGAGCAGAAGAUGAACCAUUACAAGGCACUCUUUGACGAGAUAGACAUUGACGAGCUCCUCAACAACGUCAGUGAUGAUGAGACUUCAUCCUGCGGUUCUACCUCCGGCUCCUCCAGCAUUAUGGGCUAUGGGGCCCGACAAAGCCCCGGAAUGAACAGUAUGGCCGGACCACCAACGUCUCAAUAUCACAUGAUGCCGGAAAUAUCGAUCCUCGAGUAUGCGAAAAGAAUCGCACCAAGUGAUACCAGCUCAGUACCAGCUCUUAUGCCUAAGCCGUGUCCACCAGCAAGGCCACCAGCCGGAAUGAGCCCAAUGUGCGGUUCUCUAGGUGGGCUAAGGCAAUGUUCUUUGGAUGGGGAAAGUGAUGAGCCCGAAGCUCCACGUCCCGCACAGAACAUGAGUGAUCCAGUGCAGAUAAAAGUACAAGGUUCUGUUGAUAGAAUUACAGAUCGGAGUCUUAGGAUCUCUGACCGUUCGAAUGAGGUACCUGGGCCGAGCCCUUACGAAGACCUAGAAGCUCAGACGGCGAGUGAUGUUCGCAUACCCACAAGAGAGCGCGUCCAAGACAAUUCUCCAGUAUCUACUUACGCGGACUUUCCUCUUUAUCCUAAUGACUCUGAUUGGCACGAAGCACCAAGAUUGGAUCGCUCGCGAGCGGACACUACAGACGACAGCCAGUCAGAUCUACCAGCACCUAUCGAAGAAUACACUCUAGCUCGCAAAGCUGCCGCUGUUACAAAUGCAUUGAUCAACGCUGAAGCGCAAAAAAAAGCAGUCCCUGCGUCAAAGGCUUGCCGAGUUAAUACGUACUCUGGCAAUCGCAGACCUCAACUACCGAAAGACUACGCUUAUGAUGGUAGACCAGAUGGUGAUGCAUGUCACGGCUCUCAGUCUCAGAAUGCCGCUCAAGAAGCUUUGGCCGCUAGUGACUCUGAUGGCCGCGCUCUCGAGUCUGCAAACUCGGCGACUCCUCCUGUGCCCUAUGCGCCACCAAUACCCUCCGGCCAAUUCCUACGUCCCAGGUCUAUUGCCACUUCUGAGAGACUCAGGGAAAGGGUCAUUCGACUCGAGAGAUUUCCGCAGGCAGAUGUUGAUGAUGAGUCUAUGGAUCCGCCGAGGGCGAACCGCGGAUUCGCCAUAACUACAGGCAUUAUCAAGCAAGGAGAGCAACAUGAAUCUGAUGAUGACGGCACUGGAGAAAGGAUGGAAGUAUCUGGACAAAUAGAACUGGUGCAGCGCAAUGCGGCGGCGCUGGUGGGUGGUUUUGAUGAUGAUGGCCCAUGGGAUGAAGUGUCAGAAUUGCCAUCAUCAACGCCAAAAGGUCUUCCAAUUGAGGCGUGUGGCGAUGAAUCAUACAACUUCGAAGCUGGUGCUGAACUAGUUACCAACAUGUCAUCCCGCGCUAGAGGUUUGUCCCCGGGCGGCGCAGCUGAGAGACUUCAGCCUCCCGGUGCUACGUCGCGAUAUAUAAGUCCUGGCCAAGCCCUGUCAUCUCAGGCUCACUCACUACCUAAGGACUAUGGCUGGGAACCGCAAUUCGCACACGAGACUGUACCUGGAGGUCCUAAAUUCCCGACGUACAAAGCUAUGCCUAUCCCCAAUACUAGAUUUCAGGAUUUCUUCACAGGCCGUUCUGUGAAACAACGACGCGGUGCCUCGAAUCGCUGGGGAUCAGAUUAUGAUUCGGAUGACAGUUCAAUGAGUCGGGGCAUUUCAGAGCCGUCCUCGUCUCAGUCGAAUGUCUUUGGCCCUCUGGACUGGCAAUUCGCGAUGGAGUGUCAAGACGGGCAGGGUCUCUUCGAUUUAUAUGAGAAAAGGCCAUCUCUGCACUUACACUUUUGUCCAGAGACCGCGACAAAGUUCGGCCUUAGGAUCUCGGAACUUCUGUCUAACUCCUCGACCCCGGAAGAAGAGAGGGAUGAUGUAUCUGCCAGGAUACUUGAUACGUUGAUGAUGAUCGAGUGCUACAAAACUCAUCGGGCGCAGGAGGAAGAUACCUGGGACUUGAUGAUGGAGAGGGCACGGGACGCUGUCAUAUCACUCCUUAGACUCCCAAUUGAGAUUGAGGAGAGAGCGUUGGAAGCUCUGGGAGGUCAAUUUAGGGGAGCUAUGAUGCAUGCGCAUUAUGUUGCUGCAACAGGAGUGAAGGAUUCGGAGAAUGAUGACAGUUCUGUGGAGACGAUGACAUGUCCAGCUUGUGAUGUGUAUGUCUUUGAGACUUGCCUGUUGCGCGGCGACACGGAUAUUCGUUGGUGGAUAGUUCGGUACCCUACAGCUGUAUCCUCGGAUACGAGCGCUAGAUCCUCGUGGUUCAUGCUACUUGUUGAUAAGAAGAUUGCUUAA